GGAACGUAGUGAAAAUAGUUUGCCUUGCAGUCCAAAGCAUUGCUAGUAAGUUUAUAUUAACAAUACAUUAUUAUGGUAUUUUGAGAUUCGAAAGGGUAGGGUGUUGCAAUAGAAAAUAGAAAACGACUGUCCAAAAGCGAGACAAACUAAUUUCUACGAAAUUACUUGUCGAACAUUGCAGGGGAUGCACCUAUUUUUGAAAUAUGGAUGUGCCAAUAUGGGUUGCCUUUUUAAACAUAUUUCAAUUUCAGUUUAAUGUUUUUGUUGUGUUAUGAGUUGCUAAAGAAUACACGCAUGUGCGUGUCUUUUCCGGUUUGAUUUUCUUGUGUGUUCAGAUCAGGUGUUUUGAACAAAUCAUAAUAGGCUUUUUGCUACAUUCACACGUCAAGUUACUGACUUGUGCAGGUUUAAAAACUUCAGCCUCAUUCGAGUUUUAUAAACAGAAUGUACGCGUUGAAACACAAGUGAACACGAGAUAAACAGAAGACUGGGGAGUUCAUUGAGAACUUGACUGUAGCUUGCUCAAGAAAAUACAGAAUAAAAUAUCAUUAUAUCCAUCUUAAACAGCAGCUGUGGUUGACUGUGAGGAACACCCUGCUGUGUCAAUGUAAGGCUGCAGGGAGCAGAACCUAACUCAAGAUAUCAGAGCGACGAAAACGAGCAAAAAGCAAUUUUUAAAAUCUACCUCAGAAAACCGGAAUCUACCCCUGGGUGCUUAGUUGAACGGUGCCUUGCUCCAGGAUACAGCCCGGAUGGCUCUCAUUGAAGGAGUGGGGGACGAGGUGACCAUCCUGUUUGCACUUCUGCUGGUACUGCUGGUGCUGGUGCUGGCAUGGGUAUCCACUCACACCAGCGACCGCAGCGAGCAGCUCUUCCAGUCUGCUGGACCCCAGAGCAUGCUCGGAGAGACAGCAGCAUCCGACACGGACCUCAAUGAAACGUCGGAGGAGAAGAAGAGCAGUGACCAGGAGGAGGAGAGGAGCAGCCGGGGGGAGGUCGGCUCAGGAAAUGACGGGAUACGACACAGAGAGACAGCGGCCCCUGCUGCAGCUAGCAGCCAGACCAGCCCCCUCUCUGACAUACCACAGCCUCUCACUUCAAGUGCCAACAACCAGCCAUCCGAGGCUGACCCCACUCAUGAUAGGAACAUGGUGCUCCGGCUUAAAUUCCUAAACGACACUGAAAGAGUGGCCCAAGUAAAACCGGAGGACACUAUCGGUUACGUCAAAAGGGCUUAUUUCCAUGGUCAGGAGCACCAGGUGCGGUUGAUAUACCAGGGACAACUUUUACAAGAUGAUGCCCAGACGCUGUCCUCCUUGAACCUGGCAGACAACAGCGUCCUGCACUGCCACAUCUCCCAGCACGCCAUGGCGCAGGCUCCAGUGGGGGUGCGGGCGGCCGACCAAGUCCACGCCGUCCUCAACGUGGGCAGCCUCAUGGUGCCCCUCUUCAUGCUCAUGCUGUCUGUGCUCUGGUACUUCCAGAUCCAGUACCGCCAGUUCUUCACGGCCCCCGCCACUGCUUCACUCGUGGGCAUCACCGUCUUCUUCAGCUUCAUGGCGUUUGGAGUCUACCGCCGAUAAAUCCGCUGCCACACUCUCGCAUCCCCAGCCCAGCUUCUACUGCUGUUGAUCACCUGUGUGCAUUCCAGCCUUUCCCAGGGUGGACUGGGGUGGGGGAUGGGGCGUGUCCUUACUCAUAUACAAUACAUUGCAUACUAGAAAUACAUUAGGAGACACUGUACUGUCUUGAUUAAAUGAAAUCAAUCAAUUUCUUACCUGUACCAAGCCAAUAUGAUGUUUUAUGAGCUCAGCUGUCAUGAAGUUGACGUUGAUGCGUUGUAGUGUUGGGCUCUGCCGAGGCUACGUGCCCCCAAGUAGCAACAUUGCUUUUUAUUUUCUCCCCAAACGAAGAGAUGAUACCUCUUAAGAUCUAUCUGGACUGGAAGCAUAACUGACAUAACAUAGGGGUUUUAAAGCAAAAGAGAAUAUAUUAAAUAAUUCUUUAUUUA